AUGGAACAUGGUUUACCGUCUACGACCAAACCAUCACUUGUUAAGAAAAGAAACAACGCUCAAGAUGUGAGUAAAUCCUGGUGGAGAAUAAAACCCUUCUUGGCUCUCAUAUGUACAGCACUUUUGAUCUUUUGGUAUAAGACCACACAUAUUCAAUUCGAAGAUACAGAUCUAGAAGAAUCAGAUUAUCCCAUUGACAUGGCUAAGGAAUCAGAACCAGUCGAUCAGAAAUUAAAAGGCUUGCCUCGUGGUAUCAUAGAGCCUAGAACGGACCUCGAACUGAAGCCUCUCUGGUCUAGUAGUAGUUUGAGGUCAAAGGGUGUAGAAAUGACUAACCGUAACUUGUUGGCCAUACCCGUAGGAAUUAAGCAAAAGAGUAACGUUGACGCUAUUGUAAAGAAGUUUCUUCCAGCGAAUUUCACGGUUGUUCUGUUCCACUACGAUGGUAAUAUGGAUCAAUGGUUGGAUCUGGAGUGGAGUUCAAAGGCCAUACAUAUAGUUGCACAGGACCAGACUAAAUGGUGGUUUGCGAAACGAUUUCUCCAUCCUGAUGUUGUAUCAAUUUAUGAUUAUAUAUUUAUUUGGGAUGAGGAUCUUGGAGUAGAGAAUUUCUCACUAGAGAGGUAUUUGGAGAUAGUUAAAUCAGAGGGACUGGAGAUAUCUCAACCGGCUUUGGACUCAAACUCUAGUGGAAUCCACCACAAAAUCACAGUCCGUUCUAGUACAGAGAUAUUUCAUAGGAGAGUUUACAUCAGUAAAGGCAAUAGAAAGUGUUCUAACGCAAGCGUAGAUCCUCCUUGCACAGGAUUUGUUGAAGGAAUGGCUCCGGUGUUUUCAAGAGCUGCUUGGUUUUGCACUUGGAAUCUUAUACAGAAUGAUUUGGUUCAUGGAUGGGGAAUGGAUAUGAAACUAGGAUAUUGUGCACAGGGAGAUAGAACGAAGAAUGUGGGGAUCGUGGAUAGUGAGUAUAUAUUUCAUCAAGGCAUUCAAACUUUAGGUGAAAGUGGACACUCUGAGAAGAAGAGACAUGGCCAUAAUUCGAGAACCUCGAUAAGGAGGCAAUCGACAUGGGAACUUCAAACAUUUGAAGAAAGAUGGAACAAAGUGGUGGAACAAGACAAGAACUGGAUCAAGAGUAAUAACAGAAGAUUAAGGCACAAGAGAACUCAAGAGACAGCAACACCAGCAUGA